CGAUCCCAACUUUCAGUACCACACUAGCCUCGGGGGAGAGUAGACGUCGCUCCCGCGCUUUUGCCGCCUAAUUCCAAAUUCGAAUUCGGACCGUUUGACGAUAACGUCUUUAUAAUGUUGAUAUAACGUUUUUUCAGUUUAAAAAAGUUUGGAUUUUGUUUGAUUUUUGAGUGUGAGUGAUUUUCCAAAUGAGUGCUAAAAUGUUUGGCCAAGGAGUUGUCAAGUUUGUUUGUUUAUUAAUGACAUUUUUUGGGGGAGUUACAAGUCUUCGUGACGUCAUGCUCCUGGUACAACCGACCAACGUGAUCAGAGGUGGUACAGCCGCCCUGAUCUGUUCACGGGACAUGCAGGGCGCUCCAUUGUACUCCGUCAAGUGGUACAGAGGAAACCACGAGUUCUACAGGUAUACUCCCAUGGAGGAGCCUGAUACGAGAGUCUUUGGAUUGCCUGGGAUCUAUGUAGAUAUGAACCGAUCAAACGGCACACAAGUCCUGCUUCGAAGACUGGACCUCUCAUUGGCUGGGAACUUCAGCUGCGAAGUGACGGCUGAUUCUCCAUCUUUCGCCACGCAGAUCGCUACCAAAUUCAUUGAUGUUAUUGCAUUACCGCACCACCCGCCCCAGCUGAAGGCAGACAAGGAUCGCUACCAGCCUGGUGAGGUGUUACAGGCGAACUGCACUUCCUCGCCAGCAAGACCUGGUGCUAACCUCACCAUAUAUAUCAAUGAGGAGCCACUCCGCUCUUCAGAAACGAGUCUCCACCCCACAGAGAGUGGUCUGCUCUGGACGAGCGUGAAGGCGGACGUGAAAGUCACGCCGGAGAUGUUCCAAGGAGGCCGACUGAGGGUCGCGUGUCUAGCCACAGUGUAUGAUGUGUACAGGAACUCGGCUAACCUGGACUUCUUUACACCUGAUACGGAUCCGAGACCUGAGAGGAUCACCCUCAACAGCGCAUCCAAGUGCUUCCAAAGCUGGAUCCUGCUCCUCCUACUAUUUCUUCUGCCAGUAGUCAUGGGCCAGGACUACUUGGUGCCAAUCCUCGACUACGAAGAUUAUGAGGAAAAGUAUGGCCCAGCAGCCUUCGCUUCGUUAGUUGGCGGUUAAAAUGAUGUUUAAGGUGUAAAAAUACGAAUUUAGUCUGAUAAAUACUUAAUUUUAAACACGAUAUUUAAGCACUGCAUUUGUGAUUGGUUUUGGUUUGAUUUUUGUGG